AUGUGGAGAGAAAGGGGAAACAGAAUUUCCAUGCUAACUCCUGAUUUGCUGCUCCUGUUAGAUAAAUUCAGAAAAAUACAUGAACACUUGCAGUUGUAUGAAAAAGGCCCCCCGAAGCCGCUGCGACAGGGAGGGUGGGCAGAUGACUCCUCAGGGAUCUCCAAGCUGGGAAAGCGUGGUGUGGAGGACGUGGAAGACAGCCGCUUGAGACAGCAAAGUCUAGAUGAGUCGGAUGAGGGUGGAGAUAUUCCGGUGAUUCCGGAUCUGGAGGAGGUUCAGGAGGAGGAUUUAGCUCAGCAAGUUGCUGCACCCCCCAGUGUUCAAGUAAAUCGAGUGAUGACCUAUAGAGACCUGGACAAUGACCUGAUGAGACACGCCGCUUUCCAGACCCUGGAUGGAGACAUCGAUCUAAAACUCCUCACCAAAGUCUUGUCACCGGAAGGGGAAGUGAGAGAGGACGAUGUGCACUGGGACUGGGAUUUGCUUUACACUGAAGUUUGCUCGGAACUGCAGACAGAGUGGGAUGUGGGGAAGACGGAGGAUGACGGUUUGGUCUGCUGA